AUGGAGAACUUAGAGCCCAACGUAGAUUUCUUAGCAGGACUCGAGCAUGAGUCAUAUCUUUAUGACACCCAGCUCUCUGCCUUGACCAUGUUGACCGGUUUUCCUACUUUCAACAUUGACUUCAUCGGAUAUCUAUCCCUUGGCUCCCGGCCAACGCUGUUUCCCCUUUAUAGCCCGCCCAACGGUCAACUUCCUCUCAAGGGGUUUCUCUCUCUUAUCGCCUACGUGGUGAUGCCCGUCGUACAUUUAUCCGUUUUUGAAGAUUCCCAGAGUAACGAAGUCCCUGUUUUCGUCCUUGCCAAUCGUGAAGACAUCCCGCCACCCUUGAAUCUACCGUGGGUGCAGGCCAAGACAGGCAUCGACACAAUGAUGCACGGAGUAUAUCAUCAUGACGGAGUUGCCCGCGAGCACGAGGAGCCGACAAUCAUUCACCAUGCGACGUUCCCUAUGGGCUUCAGCUCCCUCAAUCCUGACGUUGACUAUCCGGUUGGCUUUCCGACGUGUGACAUUGACCUUUUGUCCCUAUCGGAUGCUUUCGGGCAAGGUCAUUCCGCCCAAGAUUCCUCAGUCCCCUUGUCCUGGAUGGGCUCUACCGCCAAUGUGAUGUCAGCUGGCCCUAGUAGUGUUUCCGGCACGAUUCCCGCAGACGCACAAGCGCGACCCAAAAAGAAGGCUGCAGCGGCUCAAUUGAGCCUUCAUGAGAUUAUGAAGGCGUGCCCCAAAUGGCGAAGGGCCCUUGCGUAUCUCCGGCUCAUGCUCCGCGUCGUGAUUUGUCUUGGUCGAACAGAAUCUCCUCAUCUUCUUAUCACUAGUGAGUAUGCCGAACGUAGAUGCCAGCUUAUCCGUACGAUCUGGCCCGAAUGCCUCAUCAAGGCAGAUGUCGCUGCUGAAGAGUUGGAAACCGUUUUGACCGCAGUAACCAAGUUGCCCAUAUCGCACAACGACGUGUUGCUCAUGGCGAGUCCAUGGUUAUCGCAGUUUCUUUAUGAUACUAGGCGAGUAGCAGCACAUUCCUUGGACGACCCUCGCGCCGGUUUUGGCCUUGGAAGUGAUGUACUGUGGGGCAUAGCCCUAAGGGAGAAGAUUCUGGGCCUUUUGCGAAUGUUUACUCGCCCUUACGCGCAUAUGCUCCCCAUCGCAGCCAACGGUUUCGUAGUCUUUACAAGGGAGCAGAUUGCAAAGGAAAUCAUGUAUCAUCUCGCCUUCCGUACCACCACCACAUGUCGAAUCAGACUCGUUAUGGCUGAUCUCGACCCCGCGGCGUUCAGGCAUGCCCCACACCCUCCCAUAGAUACACUUGCAUUACUGGGGUCCACCUGUUACAAUGCCCUGAUGAUAAAGCUGAUCAGCAUUUGGGAGAUAUCUGACGUCAUGCCUCCCUUUCCGACCGUCAGCCAGGUGCAUCAAGAACUGCGCGAAACCGCUUUCAUGUUGCUGCAUCAGCAGAACGAUCCAGAUUUUGUCACACUCAUGAGUGACUUCCGCAGGCUUUGCACCAUUAUACAUCCGAAAUGUCACUUUCUUGGAAAUGACCAGAGCGAGGCGGCCCUCGUGGCAUGGCUCCGGAAACAGGGACGUGCCGACCUUCCAGACUCCCUCCUUGUCACAGCUUCAGUGCUGUUUGGUUGGGUCGACUCCCACGAUCUUAUGGCUUUCCUUGAUGUGAGCCUUAAGGAGGUCGCGAUGCAGGAGAUACUCCAGCAAGAAGAGCAUAUAAUAUUAUUUGCGGGAGGAGGACGAUGUCUGAUGCAGGACAGAAUGCUCCGAGCCCAGAUGGAAGUCUCGUUGUUUAGCAAUGCUAUUUCUAAUGCGUGCGAAGAGCUGGAGACUAGGUCUCACCCAGACGCUCACACACUUGGUCUAAAGCAGCCGGUCACAGUGAACGCUGUCGAGAACGCGGGAGCACGCUCGGCGCCUAGCUUGGUUAGAUUGGGCUGCUUCCAGCCUUCGAGUCACAUCACAGAAAAGUGCAAAGCAUGGCUCCUCGCGUCGUCGUCUUUCCAAGACACUACUACGAAAGUUGAAUCUAAUGUCAGCCGCAAAAUUGAUUUUCCACAGACUCUAGAAAUCGAAUACUCCCCGAUCUCCAAAGAUAUAUUUCUUUCCCUGCCACGUUUUCUGAAAGCUUGGGUGGAUCACAUCACAUAUCGUACAUAUGUGAACGCGUCUCUUGCAGAGAGCAAGCCCCCGUACCUCAAUAACAGGCACGGCUUCAAAGCCAAAGAGUCCAAAAGUCUGGACCAGCUUAGGUCCGAUAUUCAUAUUCUGGACCUGAAGAAGCACCGCGCACAGACAGAAGUGGAUAUGCUGUCUGAAGCCCUAUCACGCAUUGCUGAGUCCGAGGGCACCGAGUCUGAUGGUUCUUCUGGGAGUGCUGUGACGUAUGGACAUAACAAUGAUUGGUCUGAUGAUUGGUUUUCGUCUUCAUAUGCCUCUUCCAAUGUCUCUUUACUGAUGUAA